AUGAGCAUUGUGGCCCUGAUUUUAAGUGCUCUUGAGGAGAUCGACCCGCGGUCGCCAGCCGAUGGCGCGGAUAUCCUGGCGCAUCUGCGCAGUGGGGAGGCCCUGCUGGUGGCCCUCGCUGCCGGUGGCAGCCCGGCCUCCUCGCAGUCGCUGGACAUCAAAGCACCCCCCGGCCUGGACUCCCAGGCCGAGGAUCUGGCCUUGGCCUGGCUAUCUGACCUGGCGGAUCGGCUGGUCGGGGAUCCGGCCCGUUUGCCGGCUCUCCUCCAGGCAGAGGUCGAGGCCGUGGUUUCCCAGACGCCGGCCCCCUCCCUGGAGCAUGCCGACUGGGUGGGGCUUUUCUCGGUGGUUGCUCGUGCGCUCCUGCUGUUGAGUAGUCUGUCCGAUCGCCUCCUUGAGAGUUCGGCGCUGCAGUGCGGCAACAGCCAUGGCGACCUCUUUGAAGGCCCCAGCCUGCAUGGGCCCUCGGUGGCCAUGCUUCUCUGCACCGGGCACUUUCAGCUGACCAUCGAAGGCCUGUCGACCGUGCUCCCGGCGCCAGAUGCCCCGGAUGUGCCAGGCCCCCUCCUGGCGCGGGUUGGCAAUGCCGUGGCCAUGUGUCAAGGCCUGGCUGCGUUGCAUUUGCGCCGGGCGGUGGAGCAGGCCUUGGCCGGCCUGGCUGCCGCUCCCGGCCGGCCCUCCCCGGCGGUCAUCCAGCUGAUGGCCCACUCGAAUCGCCUGCUGCAAAAGUGCCUCGAGGCUUUCGGCGCAUGGUCUGCCUACGUGGCCCAGUGCACGGUCCUCAUGGCCGACCGGGCCCCCGAUCCGGCCCUGUCCCGGGGCUCCCGGAUGCUGGACGCCCUGUUGGCCGGCCUCCUCCCCGGUGGUGCGGCGCCUGCAUUCCCUGCUGGAUUGUGCCUCGGGCUGAUGGGUUUUGUCGAGCGCGCUGCCGGGUUCUUCCAAAAAGACCCGGCCUCGGCCGGGCUCCUGUGGCAGACUCCCGGGCUCCUGCUGGCCGGUCUGGAUGCCUGGCGGGCGGGCGGUCGGGUGCCGGAUGCGGCCACCGACGCCGCGGCGGAGCAUCUGCUCGGGGCCCUGCUCGAUCGCCUCUGGUCCACCCUGCUGCAUUAUCUCCAGCCGGCGACUCUUCUCCUGGAGAGGGCGUCCAAGGGGCUGCUCGGGUGUGAUGGGUCCCCGACCGACUCGGGUCCCUUCCGGCCGGCCGCCCGCCAGCAAGCCAAUUUCCUCCGAGCCCUGGCCAUGCUCCGGCAAUUGGGCGCGGAGUUGCUUGCACUGGCUCGACGGGCCCGCCGGCCCUCGGGCAUCGCUGCCCUCGUGGUCGACCUCCUCCCACCGGAGGCCGAGGUGAUGGGACACUUUGGCCGCCUGGCUCGAGCGGCACCCAUUUGCUGGGUCCUGCCCCUGGCCGGGGCCCUGCCCUGCGAGGCGCUGUCCUCGGCGGCCCCGGCCCCGGCCCCGGCCCCGGACGCUUCCGUUCCUCCGCCUUCGGUACCUGCCUGCUCGUCGGACGGUUUCUGCCUGCAUGCGGCCGCACAUGCACAGCUCCUGUGGGAGGAGCGCGUGCUGGCCGAGUUGCUUGUCUUCGGGCGCUGGCUGCCGGGCUUCCUUCGCGAGCUCCUCUCCCCGGCGACCGAGUGUUCCAGGGCAUCGGCCUCCGGGGGUCUGGCGCUGGCCCGGCAUCUGAAUGCCCUGUUGCCGAUUGGCCCGGUCUCCGGCCUGUGCCUGCUUCAGGCCCUCGAUCUGACCCUCGGCCUGGCCCUGCAGUCGCCGGGUCCGAAAUCCGCGCUGCCGCUGACUGCCACCGCCCCCGGGCCCGAGGGGAUGGAGCAUGUCCUCCUCGGCCGGAUCCUCGGCCUGGCCCGGCAAAUGCACCAGGCCGAUGAGCGGCUCUUUCGUCGGCUGCUCCGCUCCUCGUCGGAUGGCCCGGAGGCCGGUUCUCUUGGCCAGCGCUUGGCCGAGGCCAUGGUGGUCAUCGGCUUCCGCGCCGGUGAGAUCGGCGGGCUUGCCGGUGUGCUGGCCUUCUGCCAGACUCUCUGGCGGGCUGUCCUCCCGGCGCCCAGGACACUGGACAGCCUCCCGGCAUGCGUGUCUCGGUGUGCGGUGUCCCGCCUGGCCGCGGGCAUUUGGGUUUCCUGUCGCCGAGCCCUGGUGGCCGAUCCUCCAGGCCCAGUGGGCACACUGUUGGCCGGGCAUCUGACCCAAUUGGCCGGGCUCCGGGCCGUCCAGUACCGGACCACCUCCGUCACAAUGGCCGGUUACUGGGCCUUCCUCCGAAGUCAGGCGGCCUUGCUGUCGGCCGGGAGCCGACCGCCAAACGGCCCACCCACGCCGGUGGCCGAGGCAUUGCUGGCGGCGGCCGAAUUGGCCGCUCCACCUGUCGCACCUGGCUCGCCCUCGUCGGCACUCGGGGUCCUUGGUCGCUUGGAGCACCUGUUGGUGGGCUUUGCUCCGAAGGAAGGCCCCGGUGCCUGGGGUCCCGUGGCCGAGGCCGUUCGACUGGCCCUGGCCGAAGCGCCCGCCGGGGGUCCGGCGCAGCUUGGACGGCUGGCCCUCGGGCUGGCGUGUCUGCGCAUGGUGCUGGCCACUUGGCCGAAGGGUGGCGCGGCCUCGGCCGGGCCCUUGGCCGUUGGGCGAGACCUGGUGGGGCCACUUGCCGCGGCGCUGGCAGCCGAUGGCCCGGAGCCGGGUCUCCUUCUACCGGCCCUGACGGAUCUCCUGAUGGGCGUGGCGGCUGGCCACUUGACGCUCUUGGGCGACUCGGCCGACCCGAUGCACCUCCAUCGUCUGCCUGCUGUGCUGGCCCGGCUGGCGGUGGCCGAUUCGACAAGGGUCCCGGCGGUCCGGGCCCUCGAGGCUCUGGCGGCGGCGGCGGCGGCCGCCACCGGCACCACCGGUCAGGCUCCGGGCUCCCCCUGGUCGGCGGCCCAUGUAGCUGCGGCGGCCGCCGAGUCCCGCCGACAGUUGGACAUGGCUGCCGCGGUCCCCGCCUCGACCCCGGGCGAUGCUUCGGCCUCCCCCCAGGCAGCAUCACCCGGUGAUCCCGGGGAGCAGUUGCUCCGAGGUCUGAUCCGUCAGGUGCUGUUGGUGGCCCGCGACCUGCCGGGCCCCGGUCGGCCUGGUCGCCUGGCACCCAAGCGCCCUCACCCAGAUCCCGCGGCCGAGGCCCCGGGAUCGGACUUCACAUUCACACCACCCGAUUCGGGCUCGCCGGCCGAUGAAUUGCCCCGGCGCAAGCGCCUGCGCAUUGGCGAGGACAAGUCGCCCUCCCUGCCGGGUUUGCUGGCCGACAUCCUUGCCGUGCUUGGCAAGUAUGCCCCGGCCGAGGGCUAG